AUGUUAACUAAAUUCAUUCGUCCUGUUGUACCUAAUGGUAUUUCAUCAGCAUUGAUCAUCAAUCGAUCAUUAUCCAUUUCAAAUAGAUUCUUUCAAAGUACAACAACAUCAAAGUCAUCAAAAACAGAUGAGAAAUCUUUAGUUGAAAAAAGUAAAGAAGAAAACGUUUUACGUGUUGAAGAUUCAUUAAAAGAUUUAUCAUUAGUUCAAUGGCGAACUGAAUAUAAUGGAAAACGUUUAUGGCCACAUGAUCAAUGGCCUGAACGUGAUUUAGUUAAUUAUCCACCAUAUAAAUUACGUGAAGCACCAAAUCCAGUUCGUUGGUAUUGUGUACCUGAAUCAUGGUUUAAAUUUUUUAUGAAAAAACUGGUUAAAGAAUAUAUUGUUUUAUGGUAUGAUUUCACUGAAUAUCUUAUAUUAGCUGCUGCUGUUAUAACUGUUGUUAAAAAACUUGGUCCAACAGUUGGUGAUGUUUUUCGAGGUUGGCAUCAAGAAGAAGUUGAUCGAUAUACAUCAGUAGUACAAAAUUCCAAAGCAAUGGCUGGAAAAAUGUUACAUGGUUAUGAAGAAUCAUUAGAACGUGCAAAAGGUGUUGGACAAUUAGCUGAUGCACGAAAAGAUAUCGUUCAUAUGGCACUUGAAGCAGCAUAUCGUGAUCGAAUGAGACAAAUGUAUGAAGCUGUUAAACGUCGAUUAGAUUAUCAAGUUGCUUUACAAAAUGCACGAAAAGAUUUUGAAAGAACAAAUAUGAUUAAUUGGAUAACAAGUGAAGUUAAGAAAUCAAUUACAAGUAAACAAGAACAAGAUGCUUUACAAUCAUGUCUUCAACACCUUAGACAAAUGGCUUCACAAACAAAAUAA